CACUGCAGUGGGUCGGUCCUGCGGUAGCCUCAGGCCUGGGGGCGGCUCCCAGGCUCAGAAAUAGUUCUGGGCAGUGUCGUUCCGGGAGGUCGGGAACGUUGCCGGCUCACCAGCGACGCAGCGCGUCAGGUCCGCGGAAGUGCGGACUCGGUGCGCCUGUGUGGACGGUGAGGACUCGGACAAGUGUGGUCCUCGGGGCGGCGGCAGGGCUCCGACCCUGGGUCGGCCCGCGGUGUGACCCCGGCUGGGGUCUUGGCUGUUCCUGGGCUUCGCGUCCUGCUGUGUAAACGCGGGUGAUGACGGCGCCGACCUCUUGGCGCUGUUGUGAGUGGAAAGUGGGCGCGGGAGCAGACGCCAGCCACCGCUGUUUUGGGGACACUGCCUAUCUCUAAGAGCCUGGAAAGAGGACUCUGCUGGCUGUUGGAAAUUGCGGAGAAAUGUCUCAGGUGACAUUUAGUGAUGUGGCUUUAGACUUCUCUCACGAAGAGUGGGGAUGGCUAGAUUCUGCUCAGAGGGACUUAUACAAGGAUGUGAUGGUCCAGAAUUAUGAGAACCUGGUCUCUCUAGCAGGUCUUUCCAUAACUAAGCCAUAUGUGAUCACGUUAUUGGAGGAUGGAAAAGAGCCCUGGAUGGUGGAGGAAAAACUGUCCAAAGGUGUGACUCCAGAUUGGGAAUCAAGAUGGACAAACAAGGAAUUAUCAUCAAAGAAGGAUCUUUAUGAUGAAGAUUCGUCCCAAACAGUAAUAAUAAAAAAAGCUGUAAAACAAGGUUAUGAAUUUUCAAAUUCUACGAAGAAUUUGGAAUACAUAGAAUGCAACACAUUUAGAAGCACCUUUUCUUCAAAGGUUACCAUUUCUGAACCACAAAAAAAAUCUGCUGAAGGGAAUUCACACAAAUAUAUAUUAAAGAAGAAUUUACCAAAAAAAUCAGUUGUAAAAAAUGAGAAAAUCAGUGGUGUAAAGAAACUUUUGAAUUCUAAUGAAAGUGGGGCAGCCUUCAACCAGAGCAGAUCUCUUACCCUUUCCCAGACUUGUGAUAGAGAGAAAAUUUAUACAUGCAGCGAAUGUGGGAAAGCCUUUGGCAAACAGUCAAUCCUUAAUCGCCACUGGAGAAUUCAUACAGGAGAGAAGCCCUAUGAAUGUCGUGAAUGUGGGAAGACUUUUAGCCAUGGCUCAUCUCUUACACGACAUCAGAUAAGCCAUAGUGGAGAGAAACCUUACAAAUGUAUUGAAUGUGGGAAGGCCUUUAGCCAUGUUUCAUCACUUACGAACCAUCAGAGCACUCACACCGGAGAGAAACCAUAUGAAUGUACGAACUGUGGAAAGUCUUUUAGUCGUGUUUCCCUUCUCGUUCAACAUCUAAGAAUUCAUACACGAGAAAAACGCUAUGAGUGUCGUAUAUGUGGAAAGGCUUUCAUUCAUAGUUCAUCUCUCAGUCACCAUCAGAAAAGCCAUACUGGAGAGAAGCCUUAUGAAUGUAGUGAAUGUGGGAAAGCUUUCUGCUGUAGCUCACACCUUACUCAACAUCAAAAAAUUCACACUAUGAAGAAAAACUAUGAAUGUAACAAAUGUCUAAAAGUCUUUAGUAGCCUCUCAUUUCUUGUUCAGCAUCAGAGUAUUCACACUGAGGAAAAACCCUUUGAAUGUCAGAAAUGCAGGAAAUCCUUUAACCAGCUUGAAUCACUGAAUAUGCAUUUGAGAAAUCACAUUAGAUUGAAACCUUAUGAAUGCAGUAUAUGUGGGAAAGCCUUCAGUCACAGGUCAUCCCUGCUUCAACAUCACAGAAUUCAUACUGGAGAGAAACCUUAUGAAUGUGUUAAAUGUAGGAAGACCUUCAAUUGUAGUUCAAACCUUACUGUCCAUCAGAGAGUUCAUACUGGAGAAAGACCAUAUAAAUGUAGUGAGUGUGGGAAAGCUUUUAGCAAAGUCUCAAAUUGUACUGCCCAUCAAAGAAUACAUGAUGGAGAGAAACCCAGUAGUGUGGUAAGUGUGGAAAAACCUUUAGACCAUGUGAAUCACUAUACAUGCGAGAAAUCUUACAGAAGAGAAACUACAUGAAGCAGAAUUUGUCAUUGUAAAUUUCAUUCAUAGAGCCUCCCUUAUUUAACAUCAGGAAAAUUUAUACUGGGGAAAAGUUGUAUGAAUGUAGUGAAUAUGGGAAGUCUUUUAGCAAUGAUGCAGACCCUUUUGUUUAUACUGUAGGGAAAUCAUAUGAAGACCAUAAAUGUGGGAAAGUGUGUGUCAGUAUUAAUCCCUUGAUAUAAGUAUACUCAUACUAGGAAAAAACCAUGUACAUGUAGCAAAUACAGAAAAGACUGUAGGCAAUAGGAAUCUCCUAUAAACUCCUACAGGAGAGAAGCUGUGUGAAUGUAGAAAAUUUAGAAAUUGAGGGAAGUCCUCAGUUUCAAGAGCAUCCCUGGAGAGAAAUCUCAUAAGAGAUGUAGGAAAGUGUUCACUAAGAGUGUUUAUCUUGCUAGACAUUACAUGAAUGGUAGAACAACCUGGGUGAUUUAGGAAUGACAUGUAAAUCUCUGCAGUGAUGCUAUUUGUAAACAGAAUUCUAUAGGAGAGCAAAUAAACAUAAUUAAGUGUGCAUUUCUUACAGCAGUAGUUUGCAGUUUUACUUGACUUCUACUUAGAAAUUCUUUUUAGCUAGUGGGCAUGUGAAGAUAUUUAGUUAUCCAGAGGAGCCACUAAGUGUUAAAAAUUAAAGCUGCAGAAGAAAUAAAAUGGUCGGCCGGGCGUGGUGGCUCACACCUGU